AAGUUACAUUUGGGGCGGAGGGAUUUCUAAGCGGUAAGAGAAGAAAGUCGAGAACUUGAAAAAUGGCAUCGGUAAAAAGUUCGAAUGUUUCCGUCGAACCUUUCGAUGGACGUGGCGAUUUUACUCUGUGGCAACAACGAGUAAAAAGUGUUCUUACUCGGGAAGGGACAAUCAAAGCUCUGAAGGUGAAGGUUCAGAGGACAGAAAAAAUGAUGGAUGCUGAGUGGGCCAAACACCGGAAGAACGACAAACCGGAAAAAUUGUCGGAAGAAGAGUGGGAGGAUUUGAAGGACAUGACAACAAGUACAAUAUGCCUAUGCCUUGCAAAUAAUACUCUUCGGGAGGUUCUCGGUUUGACGGACCCGGUGGAUAUUUGGGACAAGCUGGAGAGCCGGUACAAGUCGAAAUCGUUGACAAGUAGGCUAUACUUGAAGAAACGAUUAUUUGGUCUCCAAAUGGCGGAGGAAGCUAACUUUAAUGGGCACUUGGAUGAAUUCAACAAGAUUACAAUAGAGUUGGAAUCCAUUGAUGUGAAGAUUGAAGAGGAGGACAAGGCGCUGCUUUUGUUGGCUUCAUUGCCUUCAUCUUUUGACAACAUCGUGACCACGCUUUUGUUUGGAAAAGAGACCUUAAAAUUUGAUGAAGUAGUUGCUGCGUUGUUGAUGAACGAGACUCGGCGGGGUGGCAACGGGGUAUCAAAUGACGGUCAAGCUUUGGUAGCAAAAGGAGCUGGUCGGGAACGAGGACGGUCUAAAGAGAGGGGCGGCGCGUCCCAACGCUUCAAAUCGAGUAGUAAAAGCUUUCGGUGUUACUACUGCGAUGAAGAGGGUCAUUUCAAAAGGGAUUGUCCAAAGAGGAGGAAGGAAAAGAAGGACGGGAAAACACCCGUGACUGCGGUUGCAGAAAGUUCGAACCAAGAAAGUGAAGAAGACUUAUUUUUGGCAACCGCAAAGAGCCUAGUUAAGGAAAAGUUUGAUACCUAUCAAACUUGUGAUGGGGGUGCUGUGAAGAUGGCAAAUGGUGCACGGAGCAAAAUUGCAGGGGUCGGAACAGUGCAAGUUCGCAUGUUUGAUGGCGUGGUGAGAACAUUAACUGGAGUGAAACAUGUACCGGGUCUAAAAGGAAAUUUGAUUUCCUUGGGGGCUUUAGACUCAGAAGGCUGCCGAAUGUUUGCUCAAGGUGGAGUGUUAAAAAUUUCUAGGGGAGCAAUGGUGGUAGCAAAAGGAGUUUUGUCAAAAGGCUUGUAUAAACUUGUAGGAAAAGAUUUGACACGGAAGUUGCCAGAAGGAAAAAUUACAAGUGCAACGAGCGGAGCAUUUGCAUGGAAGAAGCGGGUGACAUUUGAAGAUUCUCAGGUUGGUGGAGACUGUGGCCUCGCCGAAACGAGCGGGGUGGAGCUGGACCAUGGUUUGAUUAAUUAAUCAAGGAUAUAGGGGAGAAGAAUACUCAGGUGGCGCAUAGGAUGGUUUUUCAAUGUCACUUCACAAUUUUCACUUCAUAACUACCGAGACCAGUUUGACGGUUCACUUCUUGACAUGUAUGUAUUUUAAAUAAUUAAGAUUUAUAUUU